GCUCCACACAACUAUGUGAUUGUGAUAGACCAUGACAAUUAUCCAUUCCAUUUUCUCGUCAUUCGAGGAACGUUCGUGAAUUUACUACCCGUUCACUUGUAGUCGCUUGUCAUGUUCUAAGGUUCGAAGAGACAGAGAGGAAAGAAAACUCGAUUUAGUAGUGCAGAUUCUUACAAAAAUGAGACGUCCACGUAAGCACGAGAAUUUGCAUUCUUGAGUGCCUCUAAUAUCGUCUUGAGCGAACACGAGGAUGAGUGUGGAAGCAGGAGUCUGAGAGAAUAACAGGGCAUUGAUGGACCCUAUGACAUGUUGCUAAAGGUAGAGUGAGCGUGAAAAUGCAUUCAUGAUUGUUUGACAUGGAUGCCAUGCGGCCUUUAAUCAGCAUAUCGUUCUUUUGAAGAACUUUUUCGAACUGCCAUAGUACUUUCGGCCUCGUGUGUAAAGUUGUAGGGAAAUAAAGAAGUUUGAGCUUUUUUUCUAUUUUUUUUCUUUUUCUUACGUGGUAGAUGAAGAUAGGCCUUCGUAGUAAGGAGUUGCAUAUUUUUUUACUAGGUCCUCGUGCCGUGGCAAUAGCUGGACAAAAUCAAAAUACAGCUCAGCAAUACCGAUUGCUAACGUUUUUUUUUUGAACAAGUACUUUACAUCGUUCGAGAACAUCAACAGUUUUUUCAACAGUUUUUUCAACAGUUUUUAAAAUCAAGGUAAAACAGUCAGAAUCUAAGACAAAAUGGAGCCGUCCUCCUCCUCCUCUAGUGGUAAAACAGUCAGAAUCUAAGACAAAAUGGAGUCGUCCUCCUCCUCUGCUAGUGCUCCUCCUUCGGUCAGGGCCCAGCAGCCGCUGCGGCGGAACACCGUGAUGCCUCAGCAGGAGAAGAAGCGUGUCGUUUAUCCGAUCGAUUCAGUCGCUUUUCUCGGCGCUGGGAUGAAUAUCGGUCAACCCCUGAAGGGCCUCGAAAUCGCACCCGAAGCCAUUCGCGCUGCCAAUGUAAAGCAGUUGUUAAGGCUCCUUCUCCUCGCAAUUCAUUUUAAGAGGCGUCUUUGGCACGUUUUCGAGGGGAAAACGCGGCAAAGAUGACUUUCAAGAUCAUGAAAAUUUAGGCAUCCAUGCUCAUCUAAAGUUGGUUCGCAAACUCGGCUACGGCUGGCACGAUUACGGUGAUCUUGACUUCGACAAACUGAUCAAGGACAUCGAACAAAAGCGCAGUCCUCGACUAUCGCCUACAAGUAAUGCUGAGCUGAACUCUGUGCACAACCAAGCUCACGACGAUCUGUGUGGACUAUUGCAAGGGGAGAUCACGAAGAAGAAUUUCGAUCGCUGGCGAUCGGAAGCUGGCACGAAAUUGUCGUUUGGCGAAUGGUUGCGCCGAAUGAAGGAAAACACGUUGGAAAGUGGAAGUGCGGAACCUCUUUCGGGAGAAGCCGACCUCAAGAACUCUACUUCGUCAUCUUCCAACACUACCAGCAACAUAUCAUCUGCUAGGAAGGAUUUUGUGGUUGUGUCGUCUGCUGCGAGUGAUGGCAGUGGUUCAGCUGUGGGGGAUCAUGAAAAGACUACUCUUGAGAACGAAGAUCGUAGUACUCAGCAACCUCUUCAGUUUGCCAAAGAAGAAUACUUCAAGAAGUACCCAGUCGACAACUUGCACUUAGUUGGUCCAGCUUGUAAAUUGCUCCACGAUCGCGUCCUGGACAUUCAACGCGCUAUGCCAGGCCAAUUCAUGCUUACCGUUGGCGGGGACCACAGUGUAGCUUGCCCAACCAUCACCGCAAUGCAAAAGGUCUACCCAGAUUUGUGCAUUCUGUGGAUCGACGCGCAUGGGGACUGCAACACACCUAAGAGCUCUCCCAGUGGCCAUUACCAUGGCAUGCCAGCAGCGCAUGUGAUGGGUUGGUUUGAACAUCAUCCACCGGGUUUUGAAACGUGGAUGCCGAGUAAGUCUACUACUGCUACUGCAUCGACCAAAACCAGUAAGAGCUCGUUCCUUACUGGCGCAGCUGGCACAUCCUCGUCCACCUUCCCCAAUGGAGAAGUCGAAGUCGUCACUAGCAGGUCUUACACUAAAGACGAAUCCGCUCGCACCACAGCUCCAGUGAUUAGUCCGAACAACUUUGCCUUCAUCGGCUUACGGGACAUUGAUCCCACCGAGUCGGAGUUGAUGCGGAACAGCGAUUUGCACUUUUUCACUAUGCGCGACGUGGACGAGAUGGGGAUCGCUAAGGUUGUGCAGCAUGCUUUGUUAUGACGAAUCGUUCUUUUAGUUUUUGAUCUUGAGUUUCAUCGAGUAGUAUUCUGCAUCCCUGUAGAGAGACGUCGUCACGAUUACGAACACUCUGGGCUUCUUGUGUAAUAAAGGCAGAGGGUUAAUACAUUCACGACCGACUAAGAUACCCAACUUUCCCUCCGAAUAAUACGUGAUGAUCUUUUCCACAAGUACAACAACAAUCUCUUCCUCUAAUCCCCGAGCGCAUUGACCCGAACCGGCGUCGUCCGAUCCACUUAAGCUUUGACAUUGACGGUUGCGACCCAUCGAUCGCGCCUGGCACUGGAACCUGCGCUCGCGGCGGAUUGAGUUAUCGAGAGGCGCACUACAUUUGUGAAGAAUUGGCUUUGACACGUCGUUUGGUCAGCAUGGAUUUGGUUGAGGUACAACUGAAUAUUCGUGUUGAUUUCUCUUUGAAUUUGGAAGUCAGGGCUCAAGACAUGAUCUUAAGGCUUGGGAGUUGACAUCUCUAUGCGCGUCUCUAUGGCUUCUUCAAGUAGGAAAGCCACAGAUAUGCGAGCUAGAGAUGCCAACUCUCAACCCCUAAUGGUCAUGUUUUGAGUAGUUAUCACGAAGUGUUAUGGUAGAAGUUGUGGGCAGAAGCUAGUACUUACUUAUCUUUCACAUCAUAAUUGUAAUUCUCAAUAAGAAAAAAUAUAAACAACCACCGCCUACGUCCACGACCAGGUAAACCCCGUGAUCGAUACUGUUGCGGAACCAGGAUUGCACGGAGACGAUCCUGAUAUGGGCGUAGUGCCCCGUACUGUACGUCUGGGCACAGAACUUGUAUUGUCGGCUCUGGGCUUAUCGACUAUGCAUCGAUGUUAGACGGUCAGUAUCAUGAACGAGUGGUCAGUAUCAAGUAAAUUAAGGGUAAGCGUAAGGGUAAGUGUGAAGAUUAGAAACUAAGAAAGUGAUAAAUGUGGAGGAGGUAUCGUGACUGGUGUUGGAUCAGAAAGAGACAGACUAAGGUAUAGCUAACCCUCUGCAGGACAGUACCUGUGCUAAUGGUUUCUUGAAGGUGAACGUGUACCUGUACGAUAGAAGUUCUAUUUAAGGAAAGAGAACUGUUAUCUGAAGUACUUGGAGUUCAUGAUCCAUGUGGAAAACCAUAUUAGUAUUUAUAGGGUUAGCAAUAAUUUGCGAAAUCCUUAAGAGACUCCUUUAAGUGGCUUCCUUAAGGAAAACCCUUUUCCUUCAGGAAUUUCUAUUCCAAAAAGUUAUUAUAACUUUCCUUAAGAGAAAAAAAAAAAAAUUCCUUAAGGAAGCUCCUUAAGGAAAAGUUGUAAUAGCCCUUGGCUAAUAUUAGACCCUUCCUUAAGGGAUUCGCAAGGACUCGCAAGGCUCUCCAAAGCCCUUGCGCUGCUAGUGCUACGAGUGGAAAGGCACCGCGAACAUGUUAACGCGUUCGCGGCUGUUAGUUUGUAGGCUACUCACGUACCCAGCCACAUCUGCAGCAGGACACUACGCGCCCACCCCUAGCGAAUCGCCCCAACGAACUUCCAGCCGCUACCCUUGUUAUUUAUCGCCCAGCGCCUUUGCUUUUUUUCAAAAACUUCAGGGAGGUCAUUCAAAUACAGAGAAAGCGGAACGACCUCCCUGAAGUUUUUGUAAAAAAGUUAGCUCGCUCCCCUUCCGCGACUACCUUCCGCACACAGCAAUCGACCACAGGAGCGCGCGGCAGCCCUUGGAGAUGGUUAACCAGUAUACUUCUAACCAGCUCACCAGGGUCCACCCUUCAGCCAUGCAAGCCCUCACGGCUAUCAUUCUCACAGACAUCGACAUCCUCAACGGCUUCGACUUUCACACACAGCGAUGUAUAUCUUUGGCCUUCUCAUGGAUAUGAUGAUGCUCACCAUGGUCCACCCUUCAGACAUGCAAGUCCUCACGGCUAUCAUUCUCACAGACAUCGACAUCCUCAACGGCUUCGACUUUCACACACAGAGAUGCAUAUCUUUUGCCUUCUCAUGGAUAUGAUGACGCUCGCAAGGGUCCACCCUUCAGACAUGCAAGUCCUCACGGCUAUCAUUAUCACAGACAUCGACAUCCUCAACGGCUUCGACUUUCACGCACAGAGAUGUAUAUCUUUGGCCUUCUCAUGGAUAUGAUGACGCUCACCAGGGUCCACCUUUCAGACACGCAAGCCCUCACGGCUAUCAUUCUCACAGACAUCGACAUCCUCAACGGCUUCGGCUUUCACUCACAGGGAUGCAUAUCCUUGGCCUUCUCAUGAAUAGGAUGAUGCUCACCAGGGUCCACCCUUCAGACAUGCAAGUCCUCACGGCUAUCAUUCUCACAGACAUCGACACCCUCAACGGCUUCGACUUUCACACACAGAGACGUAUAUCUUUGGCCUUCUCAUGGAUAUGAUGACGCUCACCAGGGUCCACCCUUCAGACAUGCAAGUCCUCACGGCUAUCAUUCUCGCAGACAUCCUCAACGGCUUCGACUUUCACGCGCAGAAAUGUAUAUCUCUGGCCUUCUCAUGGAUAUGAUGACGCUCACCAGGGCCCACCCUUCAGGCAUGCAAGUCCUCGCGAAGCCGUUGAGGAUGUCACCUCCCCAGCCUUCCCUUCCUUGACACAGUGGGAGCCACCUUCCCAGCCUUGGCGAGCAGACUUGGCGACUUUUUUCGUUUGUCUUUCUGUCUCUUAGUAGUCAAUCUGUCUAGUUGUUAACCUAUGCCCGGCGCCGCGGGCCCUUGAUGGGCCCGCUUUCUGGGCAUGUAUACAUAGUUUUACGUAAAAAGAGUGUUGUGGCGGUUGAUCAAGAAGCACUAAAAUAGAAAAGUAAAACGUGGUGAAUAUGAAAAAUUGAUGAAGUAUGUUGUAGUUGUACUAUCUUCGAACUCCCAGUUUUUUUUUUAAGUGUGUUUACCUACGACUAGUAGCUUCCUGCUGAGUGCUUUCUUCGAGUUUUCGGAUCAGCCUGCGCUUCCCGGGCUUGUCGUGUCAAUUUUUUUUAUGUUGAUAGAUUUGAAUUAGAAUUUCCAUACUGGAUUUGACUUUCCAAGAAGCGGAUUUCGAUGUGCUCGCAUUCGAUGUAGGUAGCCCUAUCCCUACCCCUGGAGGUCUAUACAGAAUCAGAACUCAGAAGUAACCUAUUUUUUCACCCUGUGGGCAAGGGCAGGGCUUGCUUCUACACGAUCAUGGCACGACUAGAAAUAGUAGGAAUGCAUAGUUGUUCGUUGACGUACGUAAAAAUAUUAGAAUUACAGAAAAUAAACAUGGAGGUGGUAAGUAGUAAUCGUAAGGUAGAGCUCAUCAUCAUGGUUUUGCUUGUGCAUGCUGAUAUGGAUUGCUCUGUCUCUGCUUAGCAUAUUAGUCAUAAUCCAGUACAUUUUCUAAGAGGAACAUGUCAAGGUACUAGUUCGAAACUGCCGCAGAUCUCACCUCAGUUAGCUCCUCCACGUGACGCUGCUCAACCUGUACAUCCACUUCAAGAAUAGGGUUAGUAAUGAAGCACGUAAUUAUUAUCUAUGUAAAUAGAAGCUAGGCAAAACCUCUUCCUCUACUACAUUGACUAAUGUUAUUACGUCAGGUAGUACUGUCACUGUCUUCUUCUCCCGUUUGCCACGCAGCUUGUAUAAAAGUGAAAAUAUAGUCCGAUGUUUCAAAACAAUCCUAUACUCACUAUUCGUAGCUCAGAGUAAAGAAGAUGUGCAUAUGCAUGCUUCAGUUGGUGUAGAAAAACCCCCAGUCUUGUAGUGUCCAGAUAGAGAGAACCCAACUAUUAAACUGGAGCAUUUGAACUCUUUUUAGCCUUGUUAACUUAUCAAGAAGUUGGUGCCAUUGACAAGCAAAAACAACUAAACAAGCAACAACCAUUACGAAAGUGAAAUUACAGUUUUUUGUGGAAUUGAGUGACUCAGACUCAAGACCACAAUGAU